UAAGCAACAGUUAAUACGAGAAGUGGCGCGUGUGUUAACGCAGGGGUGUUUUCUGUUUGUCGAGUUCGUUUUACACUUGGAGAGGAAAUGAAAGACUUCCGACGCCCUAGAACGGGAGAGGAAUUUUAUGAGUCUUUCGAGGGAGCUCCUUUGUUUACAGCCGUACUCACGUAUCUAAGCUUUCUAAUAUUAAACAUCUUGGGGAGGCUUCAAGAUUUCCUGAGGUUAAUUCAUGUAUUAGAAAAUCAUUCAGUAGCAGAAGUACCGCACACUAAAUCUUUCGUCCCGCUUUACUCGUCUUAUGAGGCUUUUAUACCCGCAAUCUAUACCGAAGGGCACAAGACUGUUGGAGUAGACCUAUUUGUUCUGCUCCAGGUAGUGAAAUCGUAGUAAUGGAUCGUAAAUCACCGGACUAUGGAUGGACGUUGAAUUUUACAGGAACAAAAUCGAAGGUUUUGAACUUCGGAUCAUACAAUUAUUUGGGAUUCGGAGAUCCCACCGGACCUUGUACUAAUGCUACAGAAAAAGCCACAGUAAAAUUCGGUGUAGGUGUGGCAAGUUCUAGACAAGAGGCCGGAAGCUUAAUAUUACACAAAGAACUCGAAGAUUUGGUUGCUGAAUUUGUUGGACAAGAAGCAGCUAUUGUUUUCAGUAUGGGCUUCUCAACCAAUUCACUAAAUCUGCCAUGUCUAGUUGAUAAAGAUUGCUGUGUAGUCAGUGAUGAAUUAAAUCAUACAAGUCUAGUCUUGGGAUGUCGAUUGUCGGGAGCAACUAUACGUCGUUUUAAACAUAAUGAUAUGGAAGAUUUGGAAAAAAUUCUGCAAGAUUCUGUUGUUUAUGGUCGUCCGCGUACCCACAGACCAUAUAAAAAGAUCUUGGUUGUAGUUGAAGGUAUAUACAGUAUGGAAGGAAGUAUUCUUCAUCUUCCCGAAGUAAUCGCUUUAAAGAAGAAAUAUAAUGCUUAUCUUUAUUUGGAUGAGGCACAUAGUAUUGGUGCAUUAGGUCAAAUGGGUCGUGGUGUGGCUGAUUACUUUGGUGUUGAUCCACGUGAUAUUGAUAUUUCAAUGGGUACAUUUACGAAGAGUUUCGGUUCAUCUGGUGGAUACAUAGCUGGAAAUCACAAGUUAAUUGACUAUCUUCGCUCGAUGUCAUAUAAUACUGUAUAUGGUUGUAGUAUGCCAGCACCACUAGCUCAACAAAUUAUAUCAUCCAUAAAAAUUAUCAUGGGAAAAGAUGUACCUGGUGAAGGUGAACGAAGAAUUAAAUGUUUAGCUGAGAAUAUACGUUAUUUUCGUGCAAGAUUACAUGAAAUGGGCUUAAUUGUUUAUGGGAAUCGUGAUAGCCCUGUUGUACCAGUUAUCGUUUAUAUGCCAGCUAAACUAGUUGCCUUUUCGCGUAGAUGUUUAGAAUUAGGAUUAGGAACUGUAGUCGUUGGUUUUCCAGCUACAACUCUGCUUUUAUCCAGGGUACGAUUUUGCAUUUCAUCAGCACAUACACGAGAGUUAUUAGACAGGGCAUUAGACAUAAUCGGGCAAGUUUCUGAAGAAAUAGGAAUUUGUUAUAGUAAGCAACCGAUUCCAGAAUGGGCUAAAGAAAUUUUAUACAAAGAUAAAAGUCAUCGUUAUACGAAUGGUUUCUUAAAAAAUAUUGAACCAUCAGUUAACAAACUACUUAAGAAAUCAGUUCAUACGGAUACUGUAAGUAAUUCAAUCAGUUUGAGAAAACGCUGUUUAAAAAGAGAUACCAACGAAAAAUGUGGGAUUAACACACACUUUUAGCUAUGAUGAAACCUGUAAUAAAUAAAUCUCGAUUUGUUCUUUCAAAAUGUCAAUAUCUUAGUGUUAUAUGUUACAAAAUCAUUUAUGGAAACUAAUUUUAGUCGAAAGAAUAAAACUAUAUAAUACAGUAUCAUAUUAUGUCAAUUAUAUUGAUAGUCAUUUUACUAUUGAGAACUAUGACAAUGAAUUGAAUAACUUUUUAAAAUCUAUUAUUCUGUGCUUAAUUUAUUUUUUUCAAAACAGGAGGUUAAAUGCUACGUUGUUGGAUAUACAUCAUACAUAAAUGAAAGGAUCCAAUGAUUUUUCUUUCAUUUUCAUAAUUACAUUAGUGUUUGAUCAAAAAAAAACCCAGGAAUAAUAACAAAUGUAUAAAAUAUCUUUUCUUUUUCUAUCAUAUUUGUCUUUUUUUCUCGACUAAGUUUUACUAUCCUUGUUUCUUAUGAGUAACAUUUUUAUUGUGACAAUUACUGCUUUUCUUUUAAAAGAAAAGAAAGAAAAACGAAAACGUUUGUUAGUAGUUGUACCUCUCUCUCUCUCUAUAUAUAUAUAUAUAUAUAUAU